AUGUCGACCUCAAAGCCCGACUUAGCUUCCUUGAAGACGGAUGAAGCUACCACCUAUCCAUCACAAAUACACCUCGCAGACCAUGACAUCAAACGCGAAGAUGAAAGCGGGACGCCUAUUGAAGUCCCGCCAUCGUACACCGAAUUCAUCAAGGCCUACACACCUAUCUACACAAGCCCAGUCAGCGCUGGGGGCUUCCCCAAGAUAUCCGGAGGACAAUGUGAACGCUCACCAGUUUCACAACCGUCCACCGCAACAAGUCCCACAUUUUCCUUUGGGAAUUCAUUGAAGUCGCCCGCCACGCCUGCCAUUUCUCUUCCACCUCCAUCACCUUGCACAGUGAAAUCAGCCAAGGCGCCGCCUGCGCUACGCCGCCUGCGCAUUCCUCAAUCCCUCCAUCCUGUCUCUUACAAGGACUCUCCAAACACUGCUACCCCUCGCAGCGCAACUCCCUACAGCGCGAGUCCUUAUAGCGCGAGUCCCUAUAGCGCAGCCCCAUGGAGUGCCUACCCGCGCAGCGCGACCAGUAUACGAUCGUCUUUUUCCCCAACAGAUUGGAAGAUGCGCUAUCUCGAAGCGCCGAGGAGUGCGACCGGAAAGCCCGUCAGCGUCAGACAAGUAGUGACCCGCACAAUCACGUACAAGCGCACCCCGCUUGACCCUCCGCCAAAGGGAAAGAGACGCAAGACCCAAGAAUGUCGAGAUGCUUGA